GUGAAUAAUAAAUAUUAGCGUAUCAUCACUAACCUCAGCGCUCUUAAAACAUUAUUAGUUCAUUUUUAUAUAGUGUAUUUAAGUGGAGAGAGACUUCUACUAAAAUAUAAGCGUCGUGGCGAACCAACAGCAACGUGAAAGUACUGGCUCCAUCGUCUGUUACAAUGCCCGCUAUACUGGAGAGACCAAAGCUGUCCAGUGCGAUGGCCAGAGCCCUGCAUAAACACAUUAUGAACGAGAGAGAGAGGAAAAAACAAGAAGAGGAAGAAGUGGAUAAAAUGAUGGAACAGAAAAUGAAAGAGGAGGAGGAAAGGAAACGAACUAAAGAAAUCGAGGAAAGAAUGUCUUUGGAAGAGACCAAAGAGCAGGUUCAAAAAAUGGGGGGGAAAUUGCAAGUUUUGCAAGAGGAGAAACAUCAGCUCUUCUUACAGCUUAAAAAAGUCCUUCAUGAGGAGGAAAAGCGACGAAGAAAAGAGCAAAAUGACAUUACAGCACUGCCUUCAUCAAGUUAUCAGUCCACCAGUCUACAUUCAGGACAUCUGCUCAGCAUACAAGGCAGUCAAGUAAGUCACAGUAGAGCUGGUGCUCUUUUAGGGGACCGCAGUAAACAGUUGUUCCAGACAUCUUUGAUUUCUGGCCAUCACUUCUCCAGCCAGCCAGGUUUUCUUCCUGGCCCCUCUGAGCAUGGCCAGUUCUCAGGAAGUUCUGCGGUCCAUGAGCCAUAUGCAGUCACCCAGGGUCAGCACCACUCUUCGUACGGACCUACUGUUACUGUGCCCAUCAGCUUUGCAGGGACCACUCAGAUCAGAGGGGUAUCACCAUUCCAGAGCAUGCCGUUCUUGUCCCACCAGCCUCAGGGUUAUGCAGUCCAGAGCCAUUUCUCCUCCCAGCCAGGAUUCAUACCUAGUUCAAGUAUCUCCCUUCAGAAGCAGCUUGAACAUGCAAAUCAGCAGUCUGGCUUUACUGACUCCGCUUCUCUUAGACCCAUGCAUCCUCAGGCAUUACAUGUGAGUGCAGCUGGUCUGCUGCCCAACCCAUCCAUGGCUGUCCAGAUCUCUUCAGCAAAGAGUUCACCUCAGCCAGCAUCUCGACACACCUUCCUCACUCACGCUCAGGCUGGACAGAGAUUCUACCACCAUGGCAAACCACUUUAACAACUUAAAGUAUGACCACGAGUUGCCAGGUUACACAAAAGUUCUUGGAUAUCAUAGAAGAGAUCAGAAAAACAUUCAUUUAAAUGAUAAAUGUCCCAUGCAUCAAAUAUCUGUGGUUCAUUAACAAUAAAAAGAUUUUACAUGAUUAAAUCUAUUGGAGAGAUUAUCAAGUGCUUCUUUAUGUUGCUCUGUAUCCAAAACUGAUUUAUGUAUGUUACAUUACUGAGCCACUACUUAAAAAUGCUGUUGCACACAGUUUGCUUUUGAGCACAAUGCUCAUUUAUUUCAAUUAAGGAAAAAAGGAGCAAAAUCCUAAUAAGGAAUUUUGGAUUGCAGCUAUAGAAUAAAUUGAAUUUCCAAGGAAGAUCGUCAAGCUAAAAAAAAACAUGUUAGGUAGAAUGUAACCCUCAGUCACCAUUCACUUUCAUUGCAUCUUUUUCCAUACAAUGAAAGUAAAUGGUGACAGGCUAUCUUUCUGCCAACAAAAGAAGUCAACA